AUGUCGAACUCCGCCGCCGAAGAGCCGCCACGGCACAAGAAAACGAAGGAGGAGCCACUUCCGCCGGCGUCGUCUUCUCCGUUUACGUCGCUUCCAGAUGCGGUAGCUCUGAGCUGUGUGGUGCGAGUCUCGAAACUUGAGCGGGCGGCUUUAUCUGUCGUCUCCAAUAGCGUUAGGUCUCUGCUGGUUUCGCCCGACUUUAACAAGACGCGAUCGCUGUUUGGUCUCGCCGAGAAGCUCGUCUACGUGUGCUUACGCACCCCUCCUCCUGGUCCGGGAUCCCCACGCUGGUUCAUCUGCCGCAUAGAGGAGGAUAACCAUUGUAAUCGACUUUGUCAGAUUAGCUCGUCUCGUUCUAAUCAGGCUUUGAAAUCCUCCGUCGUGUCGCUCGAUUGGGGGAUCUACGUAAUCGGAGGGAAGUUGAACGGUGAGCGUAGCUCCGAUGUCUCGCUGCUUGAUUGUCGGUCUCACAGGUGGCAAAAGGUCUCGUCUAUGAGGGUGGCUCGUGCUUCUGCGGUGGCUGGAGUCGUUGACGGGAAGAUUUACGUGUUCGGAGGCUGCGAAGAGAGAGAUCUGUGGGGAGAGGUUUUUGAUCCAAAGACGCAAACUUGGGAGGCGCUGCCGGAUUGUGGUGUAAGGACCUAUGGUUUGAUUCGUGGCGGUGUGGUGGUGGAGAAGAAGGUCUACGCGGUGGAUGCGAGAGAACAAAGAUUCUAUUACUCUCCAAGUGAAGGUAAAUGGGAAGUUUGUAAUUAUGAUUUCACAAGGUGCUGUGUGAUUGAUGGUUUGCUCUGUUUUUGUGAUAGCUUUGGGAAUUUGUUUUGGUGUGAGCCCAAGGACAUGGCUUUGAAGAAAGUGCAUGGUUUGGAGGAUCUUGAAAGGAGGGUCUCUGGCUCGAAAGUGUUCCACUUUGAUGGAUACGUUUCGGAGUUGUCCACAUUGACCUCAACCAGGUCCGAGAAUGGUAUCACCAGAAUGUGUAGCUAUGGUGGUAACCUUUUGGUGUUUUGGGAUGUUGCUGUGGUGUGUGAUGGUGAUGAUGAUGAUGAGGUUGUUGAGAUUUGGUGUGCUGAGAUUUCCUUGGAGAGACGUCCCGGAGACGAGGUUUGGGGCAAGAUCGAGUGGUCUCGUGCCGUCAUGAGCACCGAUCCUCUCUUGUAUUGCUCAGAGGUCUUACAUUCUGUUUCUGUCACUGUCUGA